CUAUCCCCAACAGAAGAAGAAAAAAAAUGGAGAAAAACAAAACCUUAGUGGUAAUUCCGGAGUAAUCAAAGAAACCCAACCAUGGAAACCAUAUUUUCUCCUCACUCAUUUUGCCCACUUUUCAAUCCCAAAACUUCCUCCACUUCAAAAACACUCUUAACAAAUUCAGUCAUCUCCUUGCCAAAACCCAUUUCUUCAAAUCUUAAAACCCAAUGCUCACUUCAAUCACCAGUUUCAAAUCCUGCUAAGAAAUGGGUCACUCAGAUUCACCACGGAUUAGCAGCACUAGCACUUUCUUUAGCUAUAAAUUUUGGAUCUCCAGUGCUGCUUAACAAUGCCAAUGCGUCAGAGUUUGAUAUCAUCAACGAAGGUCCGCCGACUGAAUCAUACUGCGUCGAUGAUGCCGGGGUUCUCAGUCGGGUUACAAAAUCCGACUUGAGACGGUUGUUGACGGAUUUGGAAACACGGAAAAAUAUUCACAUUAAUUUCGUUACAGUCCGUAAGCUCACUAGUAAAGCUGAUGCAUUUGAGUAUGCCGAUCAACUAUUAGAGAAGUGGUACCCGACCGUUGAACAAGGCGGUAACAAAGCCGUGGUUGUUCUGGUUACUAGCCAGAAAGAAGGUGCUAUCACCGGAGGGCCUGAUUUCAUUAAAGCCGUUGGAGAUACCAUUCUUGACUCCACCGUCUCUGAAAAUCUUCCUGUCUUGGCUACCGAAGAGAAGUACAACGAAGCGAUCUACAGCAGUGCGAAACGGCUGGUUGCUGCAAUUGACGGGUUACCUGAUCCUGGUGGUCCAAAAUUCAACGAGAACAAACGGGAGUCCAACUACAAGAGCAGGGAAGAAACCGAUGAGAAACGUGGGCAAUUCACUCUUGUGGUUGGGGGUUUGUUAGUGAUCGCAUUCGUGGUUCCAAUGGCUCAAUAUUACGCAUACGUCUCCAGAAAGUGAGCUGUGUAUGUGAAAAUCCUUUCGUUGUACAAAUUCUUAUGUAGAGCAUUACUUAAUCAAUUAUCAACAACAGCUUUUUGCACUGAAAUGAAUAAAUAUUUGUUCCUAAUUGAUUCUGUUUCCGGA